AUUUUUACUGAUCUAACAGCUCUUCCUACUAAGGCGUUUGUAUUUAAAAAGUGUUCUUUUAAUGAGUCGCGAAUUGUUAUUAUCUCUUGUCACUACAAUGUCCGAGGUCAGUCGUAACUGGCGUAGUGUAGUAAGCACAAGUCUAACUGGUUCUAAACAUGGAGUGGUUCACAACAGAUAACGGGGAAUACAGAAUAGAGUCGCUCUCAACGAGUUCGUUCCACGGUGCAUUAAAUGUCAUCCGAGAAUCAUUCUGUCAAGACGAGUACGUAAGUAUUGGAUGUGGGAUCAAUAAAAAUCCUCAAGCGACGGAAGAACUGCUGGAGUUAUGCGCGGACGCAGCAUUGGAUGGUGUGUCCCUGGUCGCUGUUACCACAGACACAAAUGAAGUUGUUGCUGUAGCCUUCAAUAAAAUACAGGUCCAGAUAUCGAGUGCCUCUGAGAGAUCGUUCUUCGAAAUAUUUGCUGAAGAACGCUGCAAAGAGGACGCGUCUCGAUCGCUCAUACACUUCAUGGCGAACGUUGAUAGCAGAUGCAACCUGUUUGAAAAAUACGGAGUCGACUGCAGUCUUGAAAUAAUGUUUCUAGCCACACUCAGGGAGCACAGACACAAACAUCUAGCAACACAUCUCUGCAGAAUAUCGAUUGAACUCGCAAAGAAAAUCCGCCACGGUCCCCUAGCGCCCCUUUCGGUCGAGGAUCUUGGACCAAAUUAUUCAAUGUUACUCCCUCGAAAACCUAUCACAACCUAUCCAAAGAUUUGCCAAGCAAUUUGGACAUCGGAGGGCUCACAAAAAGUUGGCAAAGCUUUGAAAUUCACUGUCCACUUGACAGUACCUCUCUCGGAAUUUGUAUUCGAUGGAAAUACUUACUCGGAGCGAAUAGGAAAUGAAUCCGCAUUCUGUGAAGUAGCGGCAAUCGCUCUGUAAUGAGUUUUAAAACUAUAAAGGAGUCUUUAAGAAGUACCAUCAAUUGAAAUCUGUUUAUUUUGCGGAUAUGGAACGAUUUUUCUCAUUGUAACUAUCAUUGAUGCUUAGGUAAAGAAGAUUCAUUUGAAAAAGGUGUUUAAGUAGACAUUGUAGCCGGAUCGAAAACAACAUCUAUUUAAACCCGAUGGUAUUACAAUUUUUGGCGACAUAUAUCAAUUAGAAUCAAGUAAAAAUAUAUUGUAGAUAUUAUUUAGUUACUUUAAUAUAUUUAUUAUAUUUUUUAUAUAGGAGAAUGUCAUCAACGUUAUCUAGUGAUAAAUAUAGUCCCAAUUUUACACAGAAUAAAUAAAGUAAGAAUAGAAA